UUAGUGCUCUCAGAAGAUCUGUACAAUGUAGACGAACAUGUAACCAUUCAUAGUAUUGUAUGUAUCUACAAUUAUUUAUUCCUAUAAUAAAAUAUUUUUAAAAUUGAUAUACUAAAUUACCAUUCGGUUGGCUCAUGCGCAUGCGCAACUAAAAAGUUGUGAUUAUGUUUUAUGUGUAUACUAAACUACUAAACGCACGACACUUAUGACGCGUUUGCGUUGUGGUGUAUCUGAUGAUGAUUGAAAAUGAAUGCUAUGUUGACAUCAAGCACGGUAAUAAGAUAUUUUUUGAAACAGCAUAAGUGUUAAAGUGUCAAUAGUUUCGAUUUACACUUAAAAUUUACUUUUAAAGUAAUAGUUUAGCUUACUUCGAAAUCUGGUAGGCUGUCAGUAAUAUGUCAUCGUCGUUUUUUUAUUACACCCUCACGUAUUUUCUACUAUCUUUUUGUGUUAUUUAUCCACCUACUGAGUUCGUGUCAGCUGGGUUAACAAUCAAGAACAUUUUCUUUAAUUUUUUGGGCAGUGAAAAUGAAUUUUUCAUACAGUAUCAUAUAAAACGGAGUAUUGCUACUCUACUUGUUCAUUCGUUAAUACCUUUUGGAUAUUUAUUGGGACUUGUUUUUACUAGACAUUAUGAUGCUGCUCAAAUAUUAUUAGGAAAUGAUAAUCCAUGGUGGUUUGUCCUCACACUCUGUUCUCUUAUCGGUCCUCUUUAUGCACUAGUAAAGAUUUUAAAAUGGUCAUUAGAUGAUUGGGCUUCACAUCCUAUUGCUGAAAGUCUUGCCGUAUAUUGUAAUAAUAAUACAACAUGGGCAACUGUUGCUUCUGAUAUCAAUAUAGAGUUCCGAAGAGUAGAUAAAAUAUCUAUUGAUACAAAUAGUAUAACAAAAGUUGUAGUAACAGAUAAUUGGAUUAUCAAAAUUACAUCUUAUAAAUUGUAUUUUGCUCACCAAAGUGAUACAGCCUUAAUUGUUAAUAAAAGUGAUACUCAUGCUUUAUCACCAACUACCAGAGGAGAAGUUCAAUAUGUUAACAUAGAAGUAAAGCCUACCAGAUCUGGUGCGACAGCUUUCAACAUUCGAUUAAAUGCAUUGGACUUCAAAGAUUUACAAGAUAGAGUGUCCAGACCUAUUACUGUGCUUGAUAGUGUGGUAUUUCAUAGAACUUUAUUAGAAAGAUUUAUUGAUACUUUUAAAGAUCAGAUCGCUCAAAAUCAUCUGUAUGAAACUUCCCAGGAACUGGAUCAAUGUGUAGGCUGCAUGCAAGUGGUUUCUAAUGUAAAAUUGAAUAAAUUGUGUAGUACAGAACCAGACGAAUCUCCAAACGCCUGUGUCUCGUGCUACUGUCGUCCAAUGUGGUGCGUCGAUUGCAUGGCUAAAUGGUUUGCCUCUAGACAAGACGAUACAAUGCCAGAAACGUGGCUGUCCUCUAAAUGUACUUGUCCAGUAUGUAGGGCAAAGUUUUGCGUAUUGGACGUCAGUUAUGUUAGAGCGACUCAUCAGUGAUUCUCUUAACUUGCA